GCGUGAAGGAAGGGCUGCUUCUGAAACAGACAAGCUCGUUCCAGCGUUGGAAAAAGCGUUAUUUCAAAUUGCGGGGACGGACGCUAUACUAUGCCAAGGAUGCCAAGGCGGGUGGCGUUUUGGCCCGCUGGCAGUAUCGGGUCUCUCGUAGCCGCGUGUGCUGGAGGGUGCUUUCCGUCUGCUGGACCGGGGCCCGACAUCCGCCGCCUGCUCUUGGUGCCAGUGGAUCGGAGGAAGGCUUGGUGGCGAUUCGGUCUCUUAUUUUCGAUGAGGUGGAUCUUUCAGAUGCCAGUGUUGCCGAAUCAAGCACAAAGAAUGUCAACAACAGUUUCACGGUAAUUACACCGUUCCGAAGGCUUAUCCUGUGCGCCGAGAACAGGAAAGAAAUGGAGGACUGGAUCAGCUCGCUGAAAUCGGUUCAGUCCAGAGAGCAUUACGAGACGGCACAGUUUAAUGUGGAACAUUUCUCAGGGAUGCACAACUGGUAUGCCUGCUCCCACGCUCGCCCUACCUUCUGUAACGUCUGUCGGGACAGCCUCUCAGGGGUCACUUCUCAUGGCCUCUCUUGUGAAGUGUGUAAAUUCAAGGCCCACAAAAGAUGCGCAGUCAGGGCCACCAACAACUGCAAAUGGACAACGUUGGCCUCUAUCGGCAAGGACAUCAUUGAGGACGAGGAUGGGAUUGCGAUGCCACACCAAUGGCUGGAAGGCAACCUGCCUGUCAGUGCUAAGUGUGCCGUUUGCGACAAAACCUGUGGCAGUGUGCUGCGCUUGCAGGAUUGGCGUUGUUUGUGGUGCAAAGCCAUGGUGCACACGGCAUGCAUGGAUCUCUACCCCCGCAAAUGUCCCCUCGGCCAGUGCAAAGUGUCCAUCAUCCCCCCUACCGCCCUCAACAGCAUCGACUCGGACGGUUUUUGGAAGGCCACCUGUCCCCCAUCAUGCGCUAGUCCACUCCUCGUGUUUGUCAACUCAAAAAGCGGAGACAACCAAGGGGUCAAAUUCCUGCGUCGCUUCAAACAGCUGCUCAAUCCCGCUCAGGUCUUUGACCUGGUCAAUGGUGGACCUCAUUUAGGCCUUCGCUUGUUCCAAAAGUUCGACAACUUCCGAAUCCUCGUGUGCGGUGGAGAUGGAAGCUUACAGAUAUCUGGUUAUGAGGAUUCAGUGGCUGCUCAUCUCACGAAGAUCCUGAACUCAGAUAAGCACUCAGUGGUCAUAUCUUCAUCAAAGGUGUUGUGUGAGACGGUGAAGGAAUUUGUUGCCAAAGUUGGGAAGUGUUAUGAGAGAAACAGUGACAGUACAGAGGAAGCUGAUGCACUUGGCCUCAAAUGUGCGAUACUGAACGAGAAGCUGGACUCCCUCCUGCAGACGCUGAAUUUGGAGGCGCAGGCCAUGACACCCUCAGCCCUCACCACGCCACCCAUCGUGGAGGAGGAGGUGGAGGAGGAGGAGCUGGAGGAGGAGGAGGAUCUGAGUGAAGAGUCUUUAACGGAGCUGAAGGAGAAUGAGACUGAGAAAGGCUCUGCUCAUAAGCUCUUCAGACCCCGCGAGCAGCUCGUGCUGAGAGCCAACAGCCUGAAGAAAGCGCUCAGACAGAUCAUCGAGCAGGCAGAGAGAAUGGUGGAUGAGCAGAACGCUCACACGGAGGAGCAGGAGCUGCAGUCUCCCACUGACUUCAGGAAGGACAGUGAGGAGGAAAACCGAGACAACGAGAAGGACGAGGACACUAAAGAACUGGAAGCUCUGCCCUGGUUAGUGCUGCCCUCUAGUGACAAACUCAUUAUAUGUGACGGGCAGUACAUCCCACUCCCCAGUCUCCAGGGAAUCGCUGUGCUGAACAUCCCCAGCUACGCCGGGGGAACCAACUUCUGGGGCGGCACCAAAGAGGAUGACAUAUUUUGUGCCCCUUCAUUCGAUGACAAAAUUUUGGAAGUGGUCGCUGUGUUUGGUAGUAUGCAGAUGGCUGUCUCGAGGGUGAUCAAACUGCAGCAUCACCGUAUUGCACAGUGUCGCACGGUGAAGAUCACCAUCCUGGGAGAUGAAGGAGUGCCGGUCCAGGUGGAUGGAGAAGCCUGGAUUCAACCUCCUGGAGUCAUCAAGAUUCAGCACAAGAACCGGGCCCAGAUGCUGACAAGAGACAGGUGUGACGGGCAGUACAUCCCACUCCCCAGUCUCCAGGGAAUCGCUGUGCUGAACAUCCCCAGCUACGCCGGGGGAACCAACUUCUGGGGCGGCACCAAAGAGGAUGACAUAUUUUGUGCCCCUUCAUUCGAUGACAAAAUUUUGGAAGUGGUCGCUGUGUUUGGUAGUAUGCAGAUGGCUGUCUCGAGGGUGAUCAAACUGCAGCAUCACCGUAUUGCACAGUGUCGCACGGUGAAGAUCACCAUCCUGGGAGAUGAAGGAGUGCCGGUCCAGGUGGAUGGAGAAGCCUGGAUUCAACCUCCUGGAGUCAUCAAGAUUCAGCACAAGAACCGGGCCCAGAUGCUGACAAGAGACAGGGCAUUUGAAAACACGCUGAAGUCUUGGGAGGAUAAACUGAAAUACGACAAGCCUCCGCUGAGGCCGCCCCUGUAUCCUCAGCACUCUGUGGAUCUGGCCACAGAAGAGGAGGCCACGCUCAUCCAGAUGUGCGCUCGAGCUGCAGAGGAUCUCAUCACCAGGAUCUGUGAGGCUGCCAAAAACUACCAACUCCUCGAGCAGGAGCUGGCCCACGCCGUCAACGCCUCCUCACACGCCAUCAACAAAACACACCCCAAGUUCCCCGAGAGCCUGACAAGAAACACUGCCAUUGAGGUGGCCAGCACCGUGAAGGCCCUGCACAAUGAGACUGAGUCGCUGCUAGUAGGACGAGUGCCAUUGCAACUGGACCCUCCGCAUGAAGAGCUGCUGUCCAGUGCCCUGCAGAGCGUUGAGGUUGAACUGGGCAAGCUGGCUGAGAUCCCCUGGCUCUACCACAUCUUACAGCCCAAUGACGAGGAGGAUAAUUCGCUUGAGUACGGAAAAAGAAACAGUCGGAGUGGCAUGUUUCGCAUAGUGCCAAAGUUCAAGAAAGAGAAAGCCCCAAAGAAGUCCAGCCCACAGUCAGUUCAGAGGUGGGGCACUGAGGAGGUGGCCGCCUGGCUGGAGCAGCUCAGCUUGGGAGAAUACAAAGAGACCUUCAUCCGCCACGACAUCCGCGGCUCCGAGCUCCUGCACCUGGAGAGGAGAGACCUCAAGGAUCUGGGGAUCUCGAAGGUGGGUCAUAUGAAGAGAAUUCUCCAGGGCACUAAGGACUUGGCCAAGAGUUCGAUGGUGGACCUGUGAGAGACAUCAACACACAUUCCGUUCGUGAGAGAAGAGGAGUUGCAGAGGGAGCUCCGGAGUGGGAAGUGCUUUGCUGUCGUGGAUCUCUGUAAGAAUAGCUUGUAGAAAAGCUAGGGAUGUUUGUUUUCGAGCAAGUGCUGGUGCCAAAACGACAAGGAUUGUGUCCCAAGACUUUUAGACCCAUAGUAAAGCCAUUCCUCCCUUAUCGCAUCGACGGCACAAUCAGGUAUGCAAUUCUCAUCGUGCACGUGACCUCUGGCCUCUAUUACAGAUUCCAAAUCAAGUAGCAGAACAGGACUUCCAAACCGAGAGGAGAGGAGCACAUGGCCUCUGAGUAGCUCACUGGCUCUUUGCCUUGCGGUAGAUGGCAACAAUAGGAGGGCGAUGUGAUGUGUCAGCAAUAUUCUGCUUUUGACAGCACUGUUUACAUUUUAAGGAGACGGGAAAAAGACUGCUGGAGUAUCGCAAUCAUAGUAGUGCGGCGGUGCAGUCUAGGAAAGGUCAAAGGGGGUUUUCUUCGCCAGUGACAUACUGAUGCAUGGUAUGCUUGCUAUAUUUGGAUAGCUGUUUUACUGCAUGAUCUGCGUCUUGUUUUUUAUUGUACAAAUUUACACUUGAACAAGUUUUAUAUGAAUUUAGUAUAAUGCCAUUUGUUACUACUGAAGCAUCCCUUUGGUCUAAGUAGACUGCUGAUUUAUUUCUAUUUAUCUGUCUGCAUGGAAACCUUGUGUCAAAGCAGUGUCAUGUGCCAUAUUUAUUGUCAGAUGAACUUUAUUGGUAAGAAAUGUUUUAAUCUUACAGUAGGACGUUAGGUAAGUCGGUGAAAUAAGUACCAAAGCGAAUGUCCCCUGGUUUAUGUUCUUUAAAACAUUUCAAGUUUAGUUUUCCCCGCAAAUGGUCAAAUCUGAAGUAGUUCAGAAAAACAUGAACAAGGCGUCUCUUUGUAGCUUAAAACGUAUUAUUAUACAUUAGUUGAAAUAGGACUUCUAUUGUUUUGAAUAAGAAAUUGCAGUUGACCUGCAACAUUACAUAGUUGAUAUUUACUGAGUUCAGGAACCCAGUGCAAGUUUGAUAGGAUCAUCUACAUUUGGUUGGUGGCAUUACAGGGUAUAAGAUAUUGUUUGUUUGUUAAUAUAUGCACUGUAUAUAAGUCUAAACUGUUAACUCCAGUUAUGAGUAAAGCCUUUGUAUAAUAGAACGCUUACAUGAUAUUAUCAGAUGACACAUUUAUUUGUGUAUAGAGCACCAUAACACCUUUGUGAAUUAUUCUGUUAAGUAAUCGCCUUUACACGUUAAGUGCAGUUGUACUCUAUGGAAGGUGCAAUAUUGUAUUUAUUUUGAUACAGUUCUUCUCUAUGAAGCUUUAUUAUGUGAGGUUUUUCCAUGGAAAACUAAAAAGAUAAACUUCACACAUUUAAUCAGUUUUGGAUUAAGGCGUACUUUGGGUCAGACAAAUCAGGCCAUGUUCUCGCCAAAAUUCAUAAAUCUUCCAUAAGCAAAUUGUUGAUCCUGUCUAACCGUGCUUCCAGGAUAAUUUGCUAGACGGCUGGAUGUUUCCUCACAGCGACUAUAAAACUGUUGUGCCUCUAUUUUUUCAGUAAAAUGGAACAUUCCGAGCUCGGAGCUACACGUAGUUCUACAUAAGCCAACCCGACCAUCAGUGCACCUGGGACUCAUAACAGUGGAUUUUUGUUGAUGUUAUAUUAUAAUGUUCCUCUAGAGGGUGUUCGAUAACAUCAUAGUAGUACUUGAUAUACAUACAGAGCGAAAGAGAGUAGUGUCGAAAAAGAUGUGGUGUUCCCAAACAAGAAAUGCUAUUCUACCCACAAUUUACCUGAACUGAGAAUUCAAACAAAUAUGGAGUCCCUGGAGGACUGGCUUUGGUCUGUUAGGUGGAACCGAGCAGGAUGUUUUUAAAAAGAAAAAUACACAUUUGAAGAGUUUGGUGAGAGUUUAGGCAUUCUUAUCAAAUGAUGGGACUAAAAAUUAGACUUAAUUCACGACAGCAUUCAUUAAUCAAUUAUAGAUUACAACUGGUUUUGCUCCAGGAUCCGGAUUUCGCCUUCAGCGUCACAUGGCGCCAAACGCAGGGCCGAAUAGUUUAUUGUACACAAAGGAAUAAGAAAAUGUCUUUAAAAGUCAUUAAUAUUAUCAUGAACUGCAUAGAACAUUGACAAUAUUGUGAAUGCGCAAACAGUACAAGUGUGAUUUACACUUUUUAUAGCUUGUGUGUUUGGUUUCUAAAUGCUCUCGGCAGCCAAUAAUUCACCACAUAAAACACAUUAUGGUCUGCACAAACCAUGUUUAUUCUUGUUGUAAGUGAACCCGUAUUUAAUGUAGUUUGGCCUUGUCCAUAUUGACAUUAUGUCUAGCCUCCACCAAAUGAAAGAUGAACUUAAUACCCUCCAGUUUGAUUGGACGCAUAAUGCUGGACGUACAAAUUGAAAGAUGAGGAAAACAAUUUCUCCUCUCUUUUAAAAGUUGAUAAGCCUUUUUAUAUUUCUAUCCUAACUACACACAAUUAUACAGUUAAUGGCAUUCUAGCAGAUGAGAAUCACUGGCGUCCAUAAUAAAGACACAACAGUGCGGCCUGCUUUUAUCAGCAAUUUGUCCAUUGCGGUUUAAUUGGCAACUAAAUGUAUCUCACUUCCCGUCUUCUCUCAUUAGUGAGCAUCUGCUGAGGUUUCAGCAUCUGCCUGUAGGCAUUUCAGGUUAGCUGUUUAAUCCAUCGGCAGGCCCACAUGAAAUCUGCGCCAGCAGAACUCCGCGAAAACCUCUGCCCCUUUUUAAAACCCAUUCACAGAUAUUUUCUCUAAAAUCAAUGCAUCUGGGCUUAUUCAUAGGUGACAGAAAAAU